GAUCCUGCAGAGAGCCAACACUGCUGCAACAGGAGCAUUAAUAGUGUUUGUUUUCAGAGACACAUAAUAUUUGUACUUAUUGUAGUAAAUAGAACUGAUAGUGUAAUAAUCAGAGUGUUUGUAGUCAUUUUUGUAAUAUUACUUAUAUCUUCACUUAUAUAUAUUUUGUAGUAAUAUUUUUAAAUAUAGUAUUGAAAGUAAUUUGAAGAUAGAUUUGUGCUAUAAUAGUCAGCCUACUUGUCAUAGUUGCUUCAGUAGCUAUAGUAGUCACAGUAAUAACUGUUGGUGUAAAGUAAUAUACAACAAAACAGAAUAAAUAGAUUUCAAGUAGAGUCCAGUAAAAUGCAGGACUAUGAGGAGUCAGUGUCAUUCCUGGGGACCUGGGGCCCGUACCAGAGGAGAGUCUUCUUCCUGCUCUGUCUCACCUCCGUUCCAUGCGGAUACAACCUCCUGUCUGUCAUCUUCCUGGUGGCUACCCCCUCCCAUCACUGCCACAUCCCUAUCCACAGCAACCUGAGCCAGGAUUGGAUCCAAGCCAGCAUCCCAGUACAGCUUGUGGCCGGGAGGCCGGAGAAGAGCAGCUGUAGCCGGUAUGAGCUGGACCAGGUCCAGAACUUGUCUGCAUUGGGUAUCACACCCAGCUUGGACCAUAUCCAAAACCUGACUGCACUGGGUUCAAAUCCAGAUGUCCUUCUCUCCAGCCUGAAGCAGGAGGGCUGUAAAGAUGGAUGGACCCACAGUACUGAGCACUACCAGUCUACUGUAGUUACUGAGUUUAACCUGGUGUGCAGCGACCAAUGGAAACAGCCCCUCACCUCUCUCAUGUACUUCCUGGGAGGACUGUGCGGAUGCUUCUUCUCUGGACAGAUCUCUGACCGGUUUGGCAGGAAGCCUGUUCUCUUUGGUGCCAUCAUCGCGCUUAGUAUCUUCAGCAGCGCAGUGGCCUUUGCUCCUUCCUGGCCUGUCUUCACCGUGCUCUUCUUCAUGCUGGGCCUUGGUCAAAUUGCUGGCUAUAUAGUUGUGUUUGUUCUGGGGUCAGAGAUCCUGAUUGGUUCGACCAGAGUCCUCUUCUCCAACCUGUGCUUGCCAUCUUUCUAUGUGUUUGGUAUGAUGCUGCUGCCUGGCACCGCCAGCCUGGUCAGAAGCUGGAGACAUCUGUCACUGAUCAUGGCCGUGCCUGGCCUGGCUUGUUUACCCCUCUGGUGGCUGCUUCCAGAGUCCCCUCGUUGGUUGGUGUCUCGUGGCCGUUUGCAGGAAGCAGAACUUUUGUUGAGGUUGGCAGCUCUGGAGAACCGAGUGGACGCUCCAAAUGUGAUCUUCCUCCCCACCAACACUGAAAAAACAGCUAGCCAGAAGUCUGAGUCCCUCAGCUUCCUGGACCUACUGAGGACCUCAAACAUUCGACAUAUCACGCUCAAGCUGUGGCUUAUCUGGUUUUCUAUAAGUGUCAGCUACUUUGGAUUGUCAUUCAACAUGUCUGGUCUCUAUGGCAACCCCUUCUUGAACUACUUCCUGGUAUCGGCUGUUGAGCUCCCAGCGUAUGUUGCCAGCUGGCUGGCGGCACGCAGUCUUCCUCGCCGCCUGUCGUUCACCAGCUUCACCCUGCUGGGGGCGCUAGCGUUACUUCUCAUCCAGAUCACUCUGCACAGUAAUCCAGCUGUGACCCUGUCCCUGGUGCUGGUGGGUAAAUUUGGUAUUCUGGCAGGCACCGGGGUGCUGUACAUGUACACUGGUGAGCUUUCUCCCACAUCCAUCAGGAACACAGCAAUGUCGUCCUGUGCUAUGUUCUCCAGAGUGGGCUCCUCUGUUUCCCCUUACCUGCUGCAGCUGGCUGUGUUCUAUCAGUUCCUGCCAUGGAUCGUUGUGGGCAGUCUGUCACUGCUCAGUGUUCUACUCUGCAUCCUCCUCCCAGAGACCUUCAGACAGCCGCUACCCGACACCAUCCAGCAGCUGGCGCUCUCACAGCGGUUCAGGUGGCCAUGGGACUCCACUCCUCCUCCAAAGGAUGAUGGGAAAUCAGCUAAAGACCAGACUACUGCACCUGAGAUCAUCUGCACGACUCACCUAUAAGACUCUUUGACACUCAAAAGAAUGAAAAAAUGGAAUUAUAGACAACACUGAGACUGACAAAAACAACAAAACCAUUUUAUGUUUCAUAAAUUAUGUUUUGUUGUUUCGUCAAGAUGAUGUUGUUGCUUCCUGUGUCCACCAGGUGACGACGUGUGAACACUGAAAGAGGACCCGCAGAGCCUCUAGUGAUGCAUUCACUGACACCUUAGUGACAAUAACAACAGUUUAUUGUCUUUCCAUUCAGCAGGGUCAGAGUUCUGAGCAGCAAUGAGACAGUAAGCAAAACUAUUGCAAAGCUUCACUGAAAAUUAAGACUUACAGAAUGACUAUAACUCAGUAGUUAAAAUAAUUAAAAUCAAAGGAAAAGUGAAGUUGGCAGAACCUUUUUAAAGGGCAUAUUUCAAAUCACACAGCACUUUACUUCAUUUGCUGUAGAUCUAGUUUACUGUGUUCCUGCUCAUGGAUUGGAAUGCUGAUGCAUUUGAGACAAAGAACAUGACACAAAUGUAGUGAUCAGUUUCAGCAUGAAAAGCAUGAAAGUGGACAGAUAUGUGAAUCAUAAACAUGAAGUGAUGGUGAACAUGAAAGUUAAUUUGAGUGUGUGAAUCCUGCACAGACUCCAGAGGUUAAACUUAAUGUUGCUCCUGUAGCAGCGGCAGUAGUAGCACUACAUCAGAACUGAAAUGGUGAUGUAAUCUUAAAUUUUUUAGUUGUGUUUAUACAGAAUGUAUUGUUUGUUUUUGACCAGUAUGAUGAAUAAGGAAGUGUAUAUAUCUGAUGUCAUGGAUGAAUUAAUAAAUCACAAUUGACAAUACA